AUGACAACUAUCGCCGGUCUGGUACGCGAGUUCGAGACGUUACUUGUGCACAAGCAUCGCUUCGCCCUUAGCAACAUCGUAUUUUGCUUGCAAGAUGUCAUACACGAUCUGCAAAGUGUGCAGCACGCGCUUUCCGCGCACGCUGCCAUCACCUCAAUGUCGCGGUCAGACUCCGAAAUCACAAGCGAUUUGACACGCAUUUCCAGUCGUCUUGAGCGCCUCGUGACGAACGUGCCCUUAUUCUUGGGCUUGGAAAUGCCGUCUAAACUACACCAGUCAUUAGAUAUGCUGUCCAAUCACUUCGACGCUUUGAAGGUCGCAGUUGCUCAAGACGCGGCAAUGUGCGCUACCUUGACUAAAAAACGGCUCUAUUUGACAAAAUUUCUAGAUGAGGCGGUUCAAGUGCUUCAAAACUCGCACUUCAAACGGGUUUUGCAGUAUCAGAAUGUAAUUGAGCAGCUGACUGCUGAGUUCAAGUUAGCCGUAGAAGACGAAAAUUUGCAGCAGGUGAAACAGUUGUAUUAUGAUAUUCAGAUGAUUGAGGCUUCCAUGUCGAAGAUGCUACUGCCACACUUUGAAAUCUGCAGGACCAUUACUACUGCACAUGCGCAAGUGCAGCCCACAGGUGGCACGUUCUCGAAAGCUGAAUGUGACAAUAUCAAGACUUUUGUGCAAGCUGCUACAAAGCUACAAGAUGGGGAUACUACCUAUAACAGGAAAGCAAACUUGGUCUCGAAAUCUGUUCUCCAAGAUGCACAAUAUUUUCUAUCACAACUGGUUCUUUUCGAGCAAGCGGCGCAAAAUGAUGCGUUUAUGGUUUGCUCUAGUGCCUUAAAGCUGGAAUUUGACAAGUUUCUUGAUCAAGAGUUAUUUCUCGCGUACGUCGAAGACUGGAACGCAAAGCGCGAGAUGUUGCAGCUCGCCGAAUCAAGUCAUGGGUUUGUAGCUGCUUCAAAUCACCUGCUAGAAUUACGUAAAUCCAUCAAACAUGCGCACGAUCUUGCCCAAUCGAGUCAGAAAAAGUUGGCGCUAGAUGACCCAACCCGACAUUCCAUUUUGCAAGAAGUUGCUCGCAUAUUCCGAGAUGAAGGAGGAGUUCUAACACAUUUUGAUUUAGCUGAUGGAUAA